AUGGCUUUAUUGAAGCCACAGAGUACCAUCCUCUUGUACCCUAGUUGGAACCGUCUCACAUUUGCAAACAUGGAUCCAGCUGAGCUGAGAGCAAUCUACUCGAACCUGUAUCAAAAUAAGGACGGUCCCAACAAUAGAAGCUUAAUGUUUUGGGAGAGGAAAGCCCCACCAGGUUCCAUCAGAGGCACCUUUCAAAUCACAGCAGCAGAUAUAGAAACACUGAGGCAAUUGUUGAAGGCUAAAUUGGUAGAGCAAAAACAACAAGAUAUUCGUUUAGUUGUGUCAACUUUCACUCUAGCAUGUGCCUAUACACGGGUUUGCAUAGACAAGGCAGAGGAAAUAAACACCGACCAAACACGUCUUGCUUUUAACGUGGACUGCAGGUCUCGCUUGGAUCCUCCUGUAACUCAAAAACCAUUUUGGGAACUGCAUAGUGGGACGUACAUCAGUUGCCGAAACAAAAGCCUUGUUUGGAGGGGGGGUUUGGAUGGGGCAGAGAAUUGGGUUUCAAGAGUGUUCGCUGUGAGCAGUGAGAAAAUGCUUGUGCUUGCCGGUUCACAUCGGUUUGUGGUUUAUGAGUCUGAUUUUGGACGGGGAAGACCAAAGAAGGUUGAGAUUGUUUCCAUAGAUAGAGCCAGAGCUAUCUCCUUUUCAGAUCCCCAAACCGAUGCUGGGGUUGUUGAUGUUGGUUUGGUCUUAGACAAACAUAACAUGCAGGUUUCUGCUUCUCUAUUUGCUAAAGGUCUUGAAAACCCUUGA